UAUAGGUGGGGCGACAUACCUCCUUUAAGGCAACAGAUUAUAGCCAUUAUCUGUUGGCGUGUGUGCUCGCCUCGCCGACCUAUAAAAGUCAUAGGCAGGACAUCAUCAGUACAGUAGAUCAGUGAUCAGUGUUUGUAUCGGACGGUGAUAUUUUCAAACAGAACAGACCAAAAUGAGAGCAUACACGAUUGUCUUCGCGUUGUUGGUGGCCUUUGUGGCGAGCAUGGCGGCUGAGAAUGGUCCCCUGAUGGCGGCCCUCCAGCCUGUGCCCGUGGACGACACUGAAGUCAUGGUCCUCCAGCCACAGGCACAAGGCGUCCGUGAGAAGAGGAGUGUUCUUCUUGGUGCUGGUCUGCUCGGCGCUGGUGCUCUGGGUCUUGGCGCUGCUGGUCUGGUUGGUGCCGGUCUGGUUGGAGCUAAGGCUGGUUUCGUUGGUGGUGCCCUAGCUGGUGGUCUGCUGUCCCACGGCAGGAGCUACGGUGGUGGUUACGGCGGUGGCUACGGAGGUUACUACGGUGGCGGCUACGGUGGCGGCUACGGCGGCGGCUACGGCCACGGACGUGUCUACAGGAAAGUAUACCUUGUAGAAGAACCCUGGUGCUGAACCAACCGACUGACUGCUGUGCAAUAUCUGAUAAUUUAAGUGUACGUGAUUAUGAAUGGAGUGUAUUAGUACAAAUUAAUAAAACCAAAACAUAAAAAUUUA